AUGAAAGCUAUCCGAGAUAACAUGCUUAAAGAGAGAAAGGACAGACUACUAAAGGAUGUUUUCGUCCAAUUAGUGAGGAAAAUCAGAGCACGGAGAAAUCCCGAUGUGGCCAAAAGAAUCACGAUGAUGCUCCAAGAAAACCACGUCAAUCUGAUGCUGAUCCAAAAAGAGCUGAUGAUGAAAGUGAAAGAGAAAGAAGAAAGGUAUCGGGCAAAGAAAGAGAUUCAAGAGGAGUUGUUGACAAAAAUGAACGAAAAGAAAGUUUAUGAUCAGAUCAGACGACUGGGUUACACGGACCUUAUGACAUGUCAGUUAGAGAAACACGUCGAAGAUGGAGACUUCCUUCCCAGAGGUUUAUUUAUGUUUGGAGUUGACACUUUCAAAUGCACAUCAAAGCACCCAGGAAACGAGUUAAAUGUCAGGGAACAGGAAAGAAACAUCAAAUUGGACGAUGGAAGUCAAAGUCCAUCCCUACUGUUCACGUGUGCCACUGACGUCACCCGUGAGAGUGUCUUGACACCCAACAAUACGGUCAAAACAAGCCAAAGGCUGAGCUUUGCGAACCGCGUCAGACGGUUUUUCGGACUGAGAUAGAUUCAUUCAGCUUCUAAACUUAUACAAUAAUUAUUACUGACAAACUUCAUUUGGAGUACACCUGUCUUAAUUUUUUCUUU